AUGCUUGGCCGUUUCAAAGUUUCAGCUUGUUCAUCUUGUAGGGGGCUGAAAUUCCUGAUACUGUGCACUGAGUGCAGUACAGUCAGUACAAUUCCGUCCAAUCCACGUUUGAAAGUCUGUCGUUGUGGUUCUUUCUGCUCUCCUCAAAACUAUGAUCAACAUGGGGUAAACUUUGGAACCUCCGAGUCUCUGCCACAUCCCGGACGGUGCUACCGUCAAAAAAUAACGCCUAAACCGGUUGCAAUUAUCGGUCCAGUCAUCGCUCUUUCGGCUACGGCACAUCAACCACAUUAUAGGCCUCACCCGUCAUGA